CUCUUAGCUCUUUAGUCAUAUUCGCUGUGAGUUUGCUAGAGUGCGGUCGUGAAGUGACUAAACGCGGACGUUCAGUUAAAAAAAAGUUGUUUUUACCGAUUUUAAUAAAUUGAAAAAAGAAAAGAAAUAACGUUUAAAAAAAUAAAUAAUUUUUGAAUAUGUAAAGAAGAAAUUAAGAAAUGAAAUAUCUAAUACGAAAGCCAGAAUAGAAAGUGCAAAAGAAUAUGAAUAAAAUAUUGUAAUAAAUAUUGGUGUUUAAUUAAAAAAUAAAAAUAUACAUACCUAUAUGUAAAAGAAAUAAUAAUUCAUUAUGUGAGAGUAUUUUUGGUGUGAAAGAAAAAGAGUCAAAAGAAAAAUUCGCAAAUAAAAAUCAAAAAAAUAUUAAUUAAACGUGUGUGUUUGUUGGUGUUAUUUUGUUCAUAAUAUUUUAAAUAAUUGAGAGCUAGUAAAGGAAGAAGAAGUGUGGCAAGAGAAGUGCGAAAAUCAUAAUACAAGUAAUUUGUGUUUGAGAGCUCCACUAAUUAAAAUCAAUUUAAAAAAUAUUUAAUAUAAUAAAAAAAAGUAGAAGAAGAAUAUACACAAAAUAUGUGAAUGAAAUCUAGCAAAGAAAUAUUUGAGAAAUCAAUCAAUAAAUAAUUGUAAAUGAAAUAAUAAAAUAAAAAAUAAUAUUGUUUUUAUUAAAAAAAAAACCUAAUUUACGUAAAAAUAAGCUACAUAGUAGGUACGUGUAAUAAGUGUGUUUGUUCAAAGUUUGCGAAUAUUAGAAAAGAAAAAAAAUAUAAACAAAAACAACAAUAAUGUUUUGUGUGUGCUUUUGUGCGUAAUAUUGAGGUCAUUCAUCAAAUAUCAUCAGAGUAGCAGAAUAAUAAUAAUAACAACAAUUUCUACAUCAACCACAACAACAAUAAACAAAUAUACAUACAUAUGUAUAAACAAACAUAUUUACAAGUGUAAUUUCUAAUACAAUUUUACUAAUGUUGUAAUGUAAUGUUGUCGUUUUUUCUGCCGAGUUCCGUUAUGUUUAGUUCAAUUGUUGUUGGGUGAUGUAAAACCAAAUAAAUACAUAAGAGAAGAAAACAAAAAAAUACUUAGUGGAAUUUUUGUUUCGGAAUCAAAAGAGAGUGAGCGAGUGUGAAUAAUUGUGCGUGCAAAUAACAACAACUAAACAGCUGCUUUUGCCCUUAAAUAAAACACAACAACAAAUAACAACAAAAACAUUAGCAGCAACAACAACGUGAGCUCCAACUAAAACUACGUAAUCAAAUUUUAAUGUGAAAUGAAAGGUGUUAUUUUGAUAAAUUAAGCUGUAAAUAAAAUAGACAUUUAUUUGUGAGUAAAACAAAACGAAUUGAAUCGAAUCGUAAAAACAGGUGUAGAAAAGCAAAUUAAAUUAAAUAUCAUUUAAAAAAAUUACUACCAUCCCCAAAGUAAAUAAAUAAAUAUGUAAACAAAAAUAAAGUGAGAUAAAAAAAUUGUUUUAAACACAUGUGUACAAAAAAAAUACAACAAUUGUUUUAUUAAAGAAAAUAACACUAACGAAUUAAUUAAUUAAUCAAUCAUUAAACAACUUUGUGUCAAAUACCUACUUUACAUAUAUUAUUUGUAUCUUCAUCUCUUAUAAACUGACUACAUAUACUAAAAUUCAAGACUAACUUGUUAACAAUUUUAACAAAAUAAAUUCAUCACCUGAAUAUAAAAAGUAAAAUACAAUGGCUGCUACUAGUGCUGGUCAUUUACAGCCACAACAACAGCAUCAGCCUACACAACAGCAGCAACAAAAAAUUAAUAACGCUUCUACUGCAAUGAAUAACAAUAUGGCUAGAAAUUCGCCACAGCAGCAGCAGCAACAACAGCAGCCACAAAUACAUAAUUUACAACAACAGCAACAUUUAAUGCAGCAAUAUGCAUUAAAACAGCAACAACAGCAUAACUACAAUAUGCAACAGCAUAUGCAUCAACAGCAAAUGAUGCAGCAGCAGCAACAACAACAAAUGCAUCAACAGCAAAUACAGCAGCAACAACAAAUGCAUUUAAAAAUGCAACAACAGCAACAGCAAAUGUUUCAAAAUCAACCCUCUCAAGAUGCUGCUACAAAUAUGAUGCCUUGUCAAAACUAUAUGACACCCAUGCCACAAACUCAAAAUAAAUUUGCUGGCAGCGGGUCGUAUAACAAUAAUACAGCAAAUGCACAAAUGCCGUCGCAGCAUUAUCAAAAUCAAUUUUCCAACACUCAAAGAGCUAUGCAACAGAAUGGAAAUUUACCAGCUGGCUUGGUAAAUGGUAAUAGUAGCAGCAACAACAGCAGCAGCAAUAAUAUUAAUAGUCGAGCAACUUGUAUACCACCCAAUGUUGUAGCUCCCUCGGCAAAUCAAAAUAUAUAUCCACAUCAAAAUAUGCAGCAACAUAAUCAUAAUGUUAGCAAUAACAAUAAUAUGUUAAACCAACAACACCAAUCCUCUACACAUUUUACCCAACAACAGCCGCAUCAGCAGCAACAAACUCAAAAGUUGCAGCAUCAACAUAACCAAUCUGAAUUGAAAAAUGUCAGCCACAUUAAUGCUCGACAUCAAUUGCAAACUAUGCAUGCAAAUACUAAGCAACAUGUUGCUAAUAAUAACAACGAUAUUAACAAUUGUAAUACCAAUUGUAAUGCUAAUUGCAAUACAAAUACAGCCAGUAAUCAUUUCAAUACAAAUGGAUUAAACUCAAACUCCAAUUCAAAUUCAAAUGGAAAUGGAUUAAAUUUAAACGGCAAUGGCAGCAACAUGAACAACAAUCACAAUCAUACAAUGUUAGCGGGAGUUAAAGCAAAUAUACCACCAGGUUGGCGUCGUCUUACCAACAAUAAUAAUGAAAUAGUUUAUAUAAGUCCAACUGGUUCUACUUUGCGUUCACCAUUUCAAAUAAAGGAUUACUUAUUGUCACCGGGUACCUGUAAAUGUGGUCUACCAUGUCCAUUGCAACCAGAAUAUUUCUUCGAUUUCAAUGUUCAGGUUCCUAAUACGCCACUAACAAUGCCAACAAACCAAAAUAAUAAUGAAUUUGAUUCCUCAACAUCAAACUCCUCGUUAACAUCACAGUCUACGACAUCGACAACGAUGUCGUCGUCGUCAUUACACGCCUCUUGUUCUCUGCAACAAUCUCCGCUAACGACGUCUACAGCGCCAUCUGGUGCAUUUGUUGUACCACCCAUGGAUACAUCAUCAUCAUCCACGUCAUCAUCGUCGUCGUCAACGUCCUCAUUAUCCUCCACGUCAUUAUGUUCAGCAACAGCAACUACAAUACCUUCAGCUACUUCACCGUCAUCUUUAACAUGUUUGCAUCUAAAACGUUUUCACGAUUGUCAACAAUUACAUGCACAUCCCAUGGAGUCGUUUAAUAAAGAUGCUAAACGUCGAAAAAUUGCCAACUCAGAGUCUAUACUUGAUAACAAUAAUACAUCAUUUUCCCCCGCCACAACAACAGAAGCAUCGGCAACAGCAGAGUCAAAAUCAAUAUUUACUUCGGAUGGCAGUGGUACAGGUGGACAGCAACAAACUAGUCAUAAUUCAACAUUUAAAAUGCUGCCACCACCCCUACAGCAGCAACAACAACAACAGCAGUUGUCAAAUCAUCAUCAGCAACAACAACAACAAUAUAUGCUAACAAAUCCCACUUACAAUAACAAUGGCAUGAUGGAAAGUGCUAAUAAAACAUGGCCCAAAGAUGAUAGAAUGUUACCAACGGCACCAUCAGCAGCAUUAACACAACAUGAAUCAGCUUCAUCGCACAUGACGAAUGCUGCAAGUGAAAAUGUACAAUGGUCAUCGAAUUUGUGUAAUAAACCACAAGGUAUAUGUCAGACAAAGCAGCAGCAUCAACAACAACAACAACUACAGCCACCAACAACGACAGCAGCAGCUGAUACCAACAAUAAAGAACACCAGCAACAACAGCAUCAACGACAACAAAUGGAUCACACAUCCUUGUAUAAAGAUGACCUCAAUGGUUAUUUACGGCAACAAACGUCAUUGGUACACAAUUCUAUGUUGAAUUUAGAAACUGGUCAAGAGCAAUCAGUGGCAGAGGCUGACGAAGAAGGUGAAGCAGAAGAAGAUGACGAAGAGGAAGGACAAGAAGAGGAAGAAGAAGGCGAGGAAGAAGUGGAGGGAGAUGAAGAGGAAGACGAAGAUAAAGUGGAUUCAGAUGAACAACUUGAAGAGGGUGAGAUAUUAAAAUCUAACAACACUUUGGCUGAUUGUAUUUCCAACGAAGAGCUUGAGGAUGAACUGGAGGAAGAAAAUCCUGAAGAAGAUUUUAAUGAAGAUGAGGCUGAAGAAGACGAUGGCGAGGAACCUGAGGCGGAAGGCGAUGAGGAGGACGAUGAAGAGGAGGAAGAAGAUAAUGACUGUGAAACCCAAACUGUCUCUAUAGACCAGACUGUGAUUGAUAAAACUUCUUUAGAUGUUUCAAAUAAUAAUAAUAAUAGUAACAGCCUCUUGAAUACUAGCAAUACCAUUAAUUAUUAUCAAAUGCCAAAUUCCCAAAAUCAAGCUAUAAAACAACAUCAUUUCACCAAUAUUCAAAAUAUUGUGUCACCUAGUCAAACCGCUAUUUCAAAUAAGUUUUCCUUUAAUACCUUAAAGAAUCCAACACAAGUUACCCUUACUCAGCAGCACCCUCAACAAAAUCUCUUUAAACAGCAACAGCAGUCAUCAGUUAGAACCCCUAUUAAACUAAUACCCACUGCUCAAGAAUCACCUGUUUCCUCUAGUACAGUGGGAGGACCACGUUCCACACCCGAUCUACAACGCAAGACACCAGAUAAUACCAAAAAACCCGAACAAGUAGGAGCUAUAUCCACCAGCAAUGAAAGUCCAAAACCUUGUCCUCCCUCACCGGCAGGAUCAAUAGAGUCGACAAGCUCCAAAGCUUCGAACUCUAAGGCAGCACCUUCCCCCCUACCCACACAAAUUACAACGCUUCAUUUGAAACCCCAACAGCAGGGGUCUCUUCAGAAACCUCAGCCCCAGCAGUUGCGUAUUCUGAGGCACAUUAAAAAUGCCGGUCAAAUACAACAAUUUUCACAGCAGCAGCCUCAUAGAAUAGUGGCAACUAAUACUUCACGAGCUACUGUCACCACUAUCGCUGGUAGUAGAGGAGCCACCACAACUACUACCACCUCCUCAUCAGGCCAGCGCAUUAAUCCCACAGCACCAACCCUGGUAAAUCAGAAAAUACAGGCAACCGUGCAAAAAGUUACAGCCAAUGGCACCACCAACAUACCCAUCAGUCAGCUGCAGCUACAACCGUUGCUAAGGUCUAACGAUAAUACAGGAAAUUCUCAAAUUAUCAUGACUUCCACUGGUCAACUUAUAGUAAUGCCGUCCUCGAAUAAUAAACCACACAUACAACAACAACAGCAAGUGAUAAUUGCUAGUGGCAAUGCGACAACAACGACACAAUCACAUGCAACAACAAAUGUAAUUAUACAACAACAGGGCACUCAACAAAUGGAUGUCUUAAACAAUACGGGACAAUUGACGACAGCCACACUGCAGCAGCAGUCCAACGGCGGCUACAUCGUCUCACAAGCUACAAACACGCAAGGUACUGCUACACAACUACAACCCACUACUGUCAUAUUGAAUUCGGGACAAAAUCUAAUUACCAACAAUGGUACCAAAGUCCUAACAAAUACCGGCAACAUCAUACACACAGCUGGCACACAACCCAUAAUUACAACAGCAAAUCAAUUGCUUACCACACCAUCAAAUACAGGCAACACCACAAAUGUGCUGGGCCAACAGACGAUGGUCUUGAAUGCUCUACCUAAUGGCGGCUAUGUUAUACAACAACAACAACCGCAAGCAACACAAACAGCAGCUCAUCAACCACAUCAGCAGCAGCAGCAAUUUACCACCUUGGACAGUCAAGUAGUACAACAUUUGGUGCAACAACCGGAUGGUCGUAUUAUUAUAACACAGGGGGAUCCUAAAAGAAGACCUAAAAAGCGCAAAACAUCGCCCGGACCCACAGCCAAUAAUCCAACGAAUAUUACUGCACAAAUAUCACCAACAAUACCAAAUCAAACUGCAUCUUUACUACAGCAGCAUGUAGCAAAUCUGCAAGCUGCAUCAACGGCUACUCAAGCAACAAAUCAGCCACAAGUGGUUCAAUUGACCACAGCACCAGCUGUUAAUACAGCUACAACAGCCACAUAUCCACAGCAAUUCCAACUGGGCAAUGGCAUACAAGGUAUAGUGGUGAAUAAACCGGCCUCAACAGCCACAAAUACACAACCUCAACAGAUAUUACUGCAAAAUGGUCAAAUAAUACAGCCCAUGAAUUUAAUCGGGCAACAAUUGAUUUUGCCAUCCGGCUUAGUGAUGGCUCCCGACACUACAUUGUUGCAAAUACAAAACGUUGGGUCAUGUGGACCUACCACCAACAUACUCACCACCACUCCGCAAGGUACCAUGAUGUUGAGAGCAACCUCACCACAAACCAAUAAACAAUUCAUACAAUCCACCACCACAGGUCAACAAUUUAUUGUCGGCAGUAAUGGCCAGUUAAGUCCAAUUGGUCAGAUCUAUUCUACACCCAUGGGUUUGGUAAUGCCCGCCAGUACACAGCAUAAUCCUACAGCUACGGCAACAUUUGUACAACAAAAUGCCACCAUACAAGUGCAACAGCCGCAUCAUCAGCAAGUAUCCACGCCACAGCAUAUAACACUGCAGGCUCUGCAGCAACAUCAGCAAAAUCAACUUAAUCAGCAACAGCAACAACAACAUCAACAUCAUCAUCAGCAGCAACAACAUCAUGUGGUUAACAAUCAAGUGGGUAUUGUUUUGGAAACAGCUACCUCCUCCACCACAUCGCCCAAUACACAGUUGGCCAAUUCACGCUCAGCAGCCGCUAGUCCUCCGGAUACGACUACACAUAGUCCCAGAAGUCCUGAGCGACCUCCCAGUCAUCGCAGUGGUGGCAGUGAUAUGGUUCAGUGUGUUUCCAGUUCCGAACCUGAUGGUGGCACUGUCUCACCCUUAAGCACCGACAGUCGCCAGUCACCCUCGACUACAGUUUGUGAGAAAGGCAUCGUUAUGUCAACCGCAUAUCAAAACACAAAUAUUUAUAAACCAACGGAAGCGAAAAUACGUCGUGUACAAACACCACCUCAAUAUCAGGUUGUGGGUGGUGGAGGUUCAACAACUGCCACCCAUAUUACUGGCUUAACAAACUUGACUUUACAGCAGCAGCAUCAGCAACAACACAAUACAGCAAAUAAUCCACAGCAUCAUCAUGCGGAUAAUGGUGGCAGCAACAAACCUGAUACUCAUGAUUCACCACAAAAUUCUCCCACUACAACGCUCAUGAUAACACCACCACCGCCUCGCACACCCACCCCACAGCAACAAAUGCUACAAAAUUCAUCUAUAUCUCUGAUGGAAUAUCAACAGCAGCAACUACAACUACAACAACAGCAGCAGCUGCAAUUGCAAACACCUUCGAAAAUUAUUAACAUAAGAAAUCGUAAUCGUUCUUAUAAAACUUCACCACGUAGUUCUAAUAAAUCUUUAGACAUGGUUGAUAAUACACCACUGUCGCCCUCAUCAUCUUCACCACCAUUGGCGGCCAGUUUACAACGUACUUUCGCUGUGGGUGAAUUAAUAUGGGGGCCAGCCCGUGGUUUUCCUGCCUGGCCGGGCAAAGUUGUAAAGAUUCUCGAUAAUCAGCCAGAAUCGGUUUGGGUUCAAUGGUUUGGCGGUGGUGGACGUUCAAAUACAGAAAUUAUGGCCAUACAUUUAUUACAAAGUCUUUCCGAAGGUCUGGAGGCUCAUCACAAGGCGCAAAAGGAUACAAGAAAGAGCCGAAAAUUAAAUUCUCAACUUGAAAAAGCUAUACAAGAAGCAAUGACCGAAUUGGAUCGUAUUUCAGCUACAUCAACAACAGCCACCACCACAUCCGGUUCGGCCAAGCAAAUUCAACAACCCACAUCAUCCACACAACAUCAGAACAGUCCCAACCGCGCCAAUAAACGCCCCAUACCACGUACUGGUGGUUACGAUUUGAUUGCCGGCUUAAAUAACAAUACCUCAUCGAAUGUUAUUUCAACAACAACAGGUUCAUCACAGUCCAGACACAAACCCAUUCGUAUAGCACCGGCACCACCAGGCGGCGCUGGCAACUCACCCACAAAAUCUUCAUCAUCUACAAGCGUUAGCCAAAUGAUCAACUCGUCGUCGCCGGCAUCAGUGUCCAAAUGACAUACUGCUCCCAAGGAUUUGAAUAAACCAGUGGUAAGUUCAAGUUCUGUAACGAAUACAACAACAUCAACUACAACAACUGUUAAUAAUGGCAAUCCACAGUUUUCGUGGUCCAUGCAGGGCUAUACUUUGGUAAUACAAAGGAAUUAAAUUGUCUUAUUUAAAACCAUAAAUGAAGUUGAUGAUGUUGUUAUUAGAAUUAUUUUGUAGCUAAUAGCAAGUAAUUCGUAAAUGUUUUGUAUGUAUAACUUUUUACAACUAAACUUUUAACA